AUGGCAGCCUUUGGGGUCGGAGCCGGAAUCGUCGGUGUUAUUGGGCUCACAAUUCAGAUCACUCAAGUCGUCGUCCAAUUUGGGCUGGAGUGGAAAAAUGCGCCUGCGGAGGCGAAGCGCUUUAGUCGUGAGCUCCGGAACUUAAAAACUGUGCUCUCAGAGACGAGGACAAAUUUCCUUGACGAUCCUACCUUCAAAGAAGCUUUUCAGGAUCGGAAAUCCAUUCUGCUAUCGGAACAUGGCCCAAAUGCUGCCACGGCUACUGAUCCGAAAUUGUCUAUCGAGUCUUGCAAGGCAGAGCUUGAAAAGGUACUAGACGAACUGAAGAAGAGACAUGAAGGACGUCGAAUCAGCUGGGAGAAGUUGAAGGGGUUUUUCCUUGCCAAAAGCACCCAGGAUUCAAUGGACCACCUCCGUCGUUAUUGUCAGGCCUUGAAUGACAUGUUUUCGAUGGACGCACUGACACUGGGCGUCAACAUUCAUACGGAAGUGAGAGAAGCGAGGAGGGAACAGAAAGAAUGGCACAAUGAUGAAGAAAAUCGGAGAAUUCUGACAUGGAUCUCCACCCUAAGCUUUGAGGAAAAGCAGACGGAUAUUCUUUCCAAGCGUUAUCCCGGGACUGGAGAAUGGCUGUUGGAUCAGGACGAAUUCCAAAGCUGGCGUAAUGGUGUUCGUGAUGUGCCCUCGGUACUGUGGUGUCCUGGCAUAAUUGGGGCGGGGAAGUCCGUAAUGACGUCGAUUGUCAUUGAACAUCUCCAACGGUUCUUCACUGCGGACAACGUGUCGAUUUCCUACAUCUACUGUGACUACAAGGAUCGCGAAAGCCAGACCACAAUCAACCUCAUCUCGAGUCUGGUACGACAAGUAGUCUUACUACUGGGAGAAAUGCCUGAAGAAUUGCGAGACCUGUACACCGAACACCGGAAGGGUCAAAGCUCACUGUCACUCGAAGAACUCUCUAGGUUACUUUCAUCCCUAUCAAACCACUUCGGAAGGUCUUUCAUUGUAGUUGAUGCUCUGGAUGAGCAUUUCGACAACAAAGAUGAGAAGAACGCAGGGCGGAUGGCUCUACUGGAUGUCCUUCUGAAUCUGCCGCAAUAUCGGUAUCAGAACAGUAACAUUUCUAGAGGUUAUAGGCUCUUUUUCACAUCACGAGAAAAUGGCUUGAUAGAAGAACGACUCGAGGGAUGCGUUCGCCUUGACAUUCGCGCAGCAGAUUCCGACAUUGAAUCAUACCUGCGUUCUCGAAUUUGCAAUCCUACCGAGUUCAGGUUUGCGAAGGAGGUGCAGAACGAUGCUAACCUUGGCAAUCUGAUAGUUAGUCGGCUAGUGGAAAAGGCUCGAGGCAUUGUUCGUAAUCUUCGAAAGGCAUUGGAGUCUCUACCAACGAGAUUGGAUGAGACAUACGACGAAGCAAUGACUCGUAUUAAAGCUCAGGUCGAGGAUCACAGAGAGCUCGCAUUAUCCGCUCUGUCUUGGAUCUCGAAUGCGAAUCGACCACUCCAUAUUGACGAGUUACGUCAUGCGUUGGCCGUCUCACCUGGAGACCCAAGCUUAAACAAACAAGCACUUGUGGACCAAAAAGAUAUCAUAUCAGUAUCUGCGGGACUGAUUACGCUCGAUGCUCAAAGUAGUACGAUUCGCUUAGCACACUUCUCAGUUGAGGAGUAUUUCGGGAGCAGAAAACAAAUAUUGUUCCCAGAUGUAGACAGUCAGAUCGCAAAGACUUGUCUCACUUAUCUUUCAUUUGAUACUUUCGAAAAUGGACGCUGUUCAUCUGCUGUGGAGUAUGAAGCUCGGUUAGAAGUCAAUUGUUUGCUCGCGUAUGCUGCCCGGAAUUGGGUUCAUCAUGCCUACAGAGCGAAGGAGCAUACUGUCGAGGACCUAGCUCUGGGUUUCUUAAGGAACAGUCAUAGAGUGGCGUGCUCCGAUCAAGUUAUGCGGAUGCCUGACUACAUCGGGACUGAGCGAUUCGAAUUUCGCGACGGCCUCCUAGUACCACGUCAGGUUUCUGGAGUGCACCUUGCUGCACGCUUUGGCUUAGUAAGUAUCAUAGAGAGGCUUAUAGAAGAUGGGGCAGAAGUGGACUCCAAAGACAGUCAAGGUCAAACACCGCUAUCGUACGCGGCCAAGGACGGUCGUGAGACAAUAGUAAAGCUUCUUGUGGAUCGGGGCGAUGUGGUAGCAGACUCUAAGGAUGAAUUUGGCCGAACACCGCUGUCACACGCGGCCCAGGAGGGGCAUGAGAGGGUGGUGAAGCUUCUUAUGGAUGUGAAAGAUAUGGAAGUAGACUCUAAGGAUGAUAUUGGCCGAACACCGCUGUCACACGCGGCCAUGAUGGGGCAUGAGAGGGUGGUGAAGCUUCUUAUGGAUGUGGAACAUGUGGAAGUAGACUCUAAGGAUGAUUUUGGCCGAACACCGCUGUCACACGCGGCCCAGGGGGGGCAUGAGAGGGUGGUAAAGCUUCUUAUGGAUGUGAAAGAUAUGGAAGUAGACUCUGAGGAUGAAGAUGGGCAAACACCGCUGUCAUUCGCGGCCAUGGGGGGGUAUGAGAUGGUGGUGAAGCUUCUUGUGGAUGUGGAAGGUGUGGAAGGGGGGCAUGAGAGGGUGGUGAAGCUUCUUGUGGAUGUGGAAGAUGUGAAGGUAAACUCUAAGGAUGAUCUUGGCCGAACACCGCUGUCACACGCGGCCCAGGGGGGGCAUGAGAGGGUGGUGAAGCUUCUUGUGGAUGUGGAAGAUGUGGAAGUAGACUCUGAGGAUCAAUUUGGCCGAACACCGCUGUCACACGCGGCCAUGAUGGGGCAUGAGAGGGUGGUGAAGCUUCUUAUGGAUGUGGAAAAUGUGGAAGUAGACUCUGAGGAUGAAGAUGGGCAAACACCGCUAUUAUACGCGAUAGCAGGAGGGCAUAAGACGGUGGUGAAGCUGUUGGAAGAAGCGCUGAAACUUUCAAGAUAG